AUGGAAGCAUUUCACGCCCGUAUUGCUUCGCACGCUCUGCUCUUCCCCAUAGUUCUUCUAGGCUCGUCAUCCAACGAUUCUAAUUCACCCUUUUCCGUAUGUGCACAACAUCGGCCGAAAGACUCUCGAGAUCUUAUGGUAUAUGCAUGUGAGAAGUUUCUACCAUACUCAGCCCAUUUUAAGACAGUUCAAAAUUUCUACCACCGACGACGUCUUCGAAGGAUAGCACCAUCGCCGCGAACGGCUGACGAGACCUUGCGGCUUUUCAUCUCAUCCGCAUUAUACCAUGGAUUUGAUCUUUUGAAGAAGUCACCACAAAGCCUUCUUGAGGUACGCGCUUACUUACCUUUCAUUCGGUUAAGCUAG